AUGAAAAAACAAGAAUCUUCAACGAAUAUGGCCAGCAAAACCCAUAGGAAAGAGCAGGCUCAACCCAGGUCGACUGCCCUGGUGCUUACUGAUCCGGAAAGAAUCGAAAAUCCCGAAGAAGAAGAAUUGAAACCCAUGACAAAGGAAGAAAAAGCCCGAUUAGCCAAACAAAUUCAAUUACAACGAGAACAAGAAACCAAACAGGCAUCAUUCCCCCUUAAUUAUGUGUAUGGGUUCCAAAAUUUUGCCAAUGAACAUAUGACUUUUUGUAAGUUUGUUGAAAUGUUAGUUGUUGAAUUCAUUGUAGCGAUUUUUUAUUUAUACUACUUCACCAAAGACUGGAAAUUAGGACCACCAAUUGGAUUCAACAUUUUGGGAAUUAUACUAG